AACAGCUGACUGAGCAGUGGGUUGUGCGUAUUGCUAGCAAUUCCCAAAAGGGCAUCCUCAUUUUGUGUAAAUAUAAAGGGACCUUUAGGGUUUUUUUUUUAAUUUAUUCACAGCAGAUAAUGGCUGAGACAGAUCCCAAAACCGUGCAGGACUUUACAAAUGUGGUGCAAACCUUGCUGCAACAGAUGCAAGACAAGUUCCAGACCAUGUCGGACCAGAUCAUUGGAAGGAUUGAUGAAAUGAGCACACGGAUUGAUGACCUGGAGAAGAACAUUGCUGACCUAAUGACCCAGGCCGGCGUAGAAGAAAACGGGGCAAUGCCUGAAAAGCCGAAAGAAAGUCAAGGCUCAUCAUGAAGGUCCAGAGAGAGACAGCCUGAUCCUAUGUACUGGAGCUGCGGAAUUCCAAUCCUGAAAAUGACAUUGACUUGUGUGAUAUAUAUUUUUUAUAUAUAUAUUGACUGUGGUGACAAAUGGUUAUGUAUUGAUUUAAAGACAAAUGGAACGUUAUUUGUGAGAUAGAAUAGUGUGUUUUGCCCGUUAGAACUUUAGCUGUGCAAAAAAUACAAAUGAAUGCAGUUUGUGCACUGGCAGGGGUGUUGUCCUAUAUUGUAAUUGAUUCUUGUAACAUGAGGUGCUGGCUGAUGGAGACACUGUUGCCCGGCCUGUCAUGGUGUCACUCUGCAAGCUAAUAGGUUGAAAGAAAUACCUUUCAAAGACAGGAACUUAACAUCUGACGCCUGCAUAAUUUGACAGGCACUGUCCAUUAGCCGUGAGAUGCAUUCCCUCUUAACAGAUUUUCUUCUAUGAAAUACAUUUAAUAAAAUGCUGUUGAGUUACAUAGUAUGUAUUUGGUGCCAGGUGCUCUUCAAUAUAAUCAAGAGGUGCUUUUUGUAAACAAACCAUUUUACUAAGCAAAUUGCAUGAUACCUGUUUACUCUGUACAGUAGAGUUAAUCCAAAUAAAUGGUGUUUAACUGAAAGACACUUGGCACUUCAAUGCACAGCACUAACUUUUAUUCAAAAUAAUGCAAACAAAACUGUACAACCAAAAUGCAACAGUAAUCUACGAAAGUAAAGGGCCAAACAAAGCAAACCUGUCGAGAGUUGGAAAAAAAACAGUCAUUGAUCCUGUUACAAAGCUGCAUCAAAAAACAACACUAGCAUGAGAACAUGUUAUCAAAGCAACAUUAAGUCUACUGAACAGAAUGACAGAGGUCACUUAAUUGCAAUUGUCCAAGUGAAGACUUAGAAUUCAAAGUCAAUAUCUGUCAUGUCAAUAGCCCAGGCAAACUUGUCCCUUUGGGUCUUAUUAUAGAUUUUUUCAAUAGGUACCCCCAUUCUUUUGCACCUGAAACAAGUACAAAAAAGAAAGUAUCAGAUUAUACUCUUUUCAAAUAUUCCAACAACACAAAGCCUUUUUGUAUUGGGUUUAAGGCGCAACAUGCCUAUGCCCCAAAAGUCUUGUCAAGAUGAAAAGCAUUC